AUGGAUGCAUCGACUCGUCUCUACACUCGACUAGGCGAAAUCCCAGAGGACCCCAACGAUCCGGAUAGUCUGGCAGAGCUGCUGGUGUGCGCCUUCGGCGCGUUUGAGCGAUACUAUGUGUGCUGGAAGACACAAGCUGGCGAAUACAAGCAAGAUGGGUACGAUUUACCACCGGCGCUGAAGGACUGGCUAUAUCCCACAGACGGCACGACGCGAGACUUUGCAAGCCUGCAAGUCGUCUUCGGGCGCGGUGAAGAAUACUUUGCCUCGGACAAGAAUGGGAAAAUGGAAUUCAAAGAGCCAGAGGCUAAGAAACAAGCUGACGAGGAGGAAAAGAACGACAGACCGGCAGAGCCGGCGAUCAUCUGCUGCCUCGUCCAGACGUGCGUCAAGGCCACCCAGCCUCUCGUAUUCAAGGACGAGCUCGGCGGCAUCUAUGUCCUCGGAACUAUUCGACCCACCUUCCACCUUCCAUCCGUCACGAGCUCCUCUGUCAUCCGCAUCAUCACAAUGGGAGGCGCUUGCAACAACGACUACAACGUCGGAUCAUUCCACGACGUCGACGAAGAGGAGUUCAAGAUUGUUCGAACUGCCUGUUGA